UAAUUUUGUAGAAAAAACAAGCAUAAAAAGAAAAACUUGAACACUACCAGAUCUAAAGCCUAAACCACUCUGAAAAAGGAAAAAAGGCCGCUUGAAAACAUUUCGGCAAUUUUCAUUUAGAAGCUAAAAGGAAAUUAGAGUUUUGGAUCUGGAAUAGCGAAAAUGAAUAUAUUCAGAUUAGCAGGUGAUAUGACUCACCUGGCCAGCGUUCUCGUCUUGCUCCUCAAGAUCCACACCAUCAAAUCUUGCGCCGGUAUUUCUUUGAAGACGCAAGAACUUUACGCCAUCGUUUUUGCUAGCCGUUACUUGGACAUUUUCACUGAUUUUAUAUCUCUUUACAACACUUUGAUGAAAUUAAUAUUUUUGGGAAGCUCCUUUUCGAUUGUUUGGUACAUGCGUAGCCAUAACGUUGUUCGGAGGUCUUACGAUAAAGCCCAAGACACUUUCCGCCAUUAUUUUAUUCUAUUGCCUUGCCUACUCUUGGCGCUUUUCAUUCAUGAGAAAUUCACCUUCAAGGAGGUAAUGUGGACUUUUUCGUUGUAUCUAGAAGCUGUUGCCAUACUUCCUCAGCUUGUACUCCUGCAAAGGACUAGAAACAUUGAUAAUCUGACCGGCCAAUAUGUGUUCCUUCUUGGUGCAUAUCGAGGAUUAUACAUUCUUAACUGGGUUUAUCGAUAUUUAACUGAACCGCACUAUGUCCACUGGAUACCUUGGAUUUCUGGGAUUGUUCAGACACUCCUUUAUGCAGACUUUUUCUACUAUUACUUCGACAGCUGGAAGAACAACAAAAAGCUCCAGUUGCCAGCUUGAUUCCCCAUGCAAAGGAUUGCAAGUAUCUGAACUUUUGUGGAAUUUUGUUUUUGAUGAACGCUCAUCCCAUUUCACAUGUCAUUUAGAAAUAUAUACCUUUCCAGAUAAAAACACAAACAACAAUUGUUUUUCUUUGAACAGUUAGUUUAUGCAAUUAACUGUAAGAGAUGGUAUGGUA